CAAUAAGGAGUCUCUGUCCUGACGGACAAGUUGAGACGAGAGAGAAGGUGUGGCGGCGGUCGUGAGGAGGAGACCUAUUUGCGACAUUUAAGUUCCGAGAGUGGAAACUUUUUGGAACUUUUCCUGAUGUCUGUCUUCAUUCCGCGUCGCGAGUCUUUGGCCAUAUGUUAGUGUUGUAGCGAGAGAGGAGCGAGGUCUGAGUCCGUGCGGUGCGGUGCGGUGCGGUGCGGGGGACUGAGCCAGGAACAGAUCUGGAGGCAGCAGGAGCGUCGCAGGCUGGAUUUCGCUGUCUUUGGUGACCUGAAAUCGGCAUUGCUGGAUCCCAAACCUUCAGGUCAUGCUCAUGUGGCUCAUGCGAUUUGGAGGAAUCUAACAAUGUGCCAUGGAGAACGCUUAAUAACUGCUGGAGGAAGAGCAGACUGUGCUUCAAUGCAGCUCUGAUCUCUUCUCAACCCUUUCCUCUCAUUUCUGGCCUUAGUUUUUUUUCACAUUUUUGCAACACUUCCUUUUCCUAUACCUUUCCAUCACUUCUCACACAGCUACCAUGCGCCGAUUCAGCUCUGAGGGAUCCCUCCUGGAUCUUGACUUCCUCCCGUGGAAGAGGGUGGCACUGAAGGACCAAGAUAAUGGGAAGAACCGGGAGUCUGGCACCUAUACACCUCACAUGAAGGAAGAUGAGCUGGGUGGGGGCUCGGGCUUCCAGACUCCCACCAUCCUGGAGCCCAGAGCGAGUCCCACUGAGGCCAGAAAGAAGGGGCCGAAAAAGGAGCACAGCGUCAGUGUGGAGACCCUGAGCGAGCUGGGGAAACAGGACAAGAGCCACCUGGGAGUGUGUGUCAUCAGUGGAAGCUGCAGGGCCUACAGCGACGGCCAGCUGGCCCCGGCCAACAAGGGCAGCACGGAGAGCAUGGACGAUCUGACCCCCUCGUCUCCUUCGUCCUCCGCCAACCCCUUCUCCCUCAAACCUCAGCACAGGCACCAGCAUAAAGCCAAGCUGGCUGCCGCUAAACUGCACCUCAAGAGUCUGUUUGGACAGAGUCCUAAUUCCUCAAACUCCAACCUAUCUAAUGCAGACCCGAAAGACGGUGCUAGAGAGAGGAGGUCUCGCCUGGUCUUCAUGCGUCAGUGGAGUCAGGUGGGCCACGGUAAGAAGAGGAAGAUCAGCCAGGAAGAGCUGGAGAAGUGGGCCGAGUCCCUGAGCGCCCUGCUGGCCAGCCACACUGGUGUUUCAGUGUUUGGAGCAUUCCUGCGCUCUGAGUUCAGCGAGGAGAAUCUGCAGUUCUAUCUGGCCUGUGAGCAGUACAGAAACUCGUCCAAUAACUUCAGCCUGCAGAGGAGGGCCAAGGAUAUCUGCGCCACCUACAUCCAGCCAGGUGCCCCCCGGGAGGUGAACCUGGACAGCAAGACGCGGGACCUGAGCCUCCAGCUGCUGCAGGCUCCCUCUCACACCUCUCUGGACCACGCUCAGAAACGCAUCUACUCGCUCCUGGACACGGACUGUUAUCCCCGCUUCCUCCAGUCCAACAUCUACCUCUCCUUACUGCGAGAGGAUGACUAGCAGCCACACGGGGAUCACACACCUGGAGGAACAGUGGCUCAGCUGUUCCCAGGACGUCCUAAACUCUGUAGAUCAUAAACCUAAUAUAGAGCUGCUGUUUGUGUAAAAAAAUAUAUCUGAUGCCAUUUGGCCACUGUGUGUAGGAAAGUGAGUCAGUUAAGUUAAUAUAUGCUUUCCAUUCAGUCUCUGUUUCCCUCUGCUUCCAGUCUUUAUGCUAAGCUAAGCAUGCCCUGACUCCAGCCCUGUACUAACACAGACAUGGUAUUGGUAUCAAUCCUUUUAUCCCAUUUUUGAAUUAAAAAAAGAAGAAAGAAAAUAAGCAAAUUUCAUCAAAUGUUAAACCAUUCCUUUAUUUGGCUUCUUGUUGGCCCUGGGAAUUUGGAAAAACAGAGGCUAGGCGAGGCAGUUUUGUUUCUGUUACUUUAAAUGACCCGUAAAACUACGCAGCUCUCAUUUUAACCAAUCAACAUCCUCCCUGUCAGCAGCUAAUGUUCCCAUGGUCCACUGCUCGGAGUUCUCUCUGCUGACGGAAAGGAAAAACCCGUUCAGCAAGGAUGAGCUCCUUGCAGGAAAAGGUCAAAGUACUAUGUGAGUUACUUGUAUGGCACAGAUGGGAAACCUGAGCAAACUGACUCUGACGGGGCAAAUGACUCCGCGACUACAAGGAAGUAGAGCCCAGUCUGCUUCUGAACACUCUGCUCCACUGUUCAAACAAAGACAAACUGGGCAUGCAUACAAUAGCCUUAGAAAACACUCAUUUUUCACUCAUUUAAGCAGGCUGUGUGUAAUGAGUAUGUUGAGUAUGUUAGCAUUUCCUUGACUGUUGGUCCUGUAAAAAUGAAAACACCCUCAUAUGACAGAACAUUUUAAAGAAACAGAGAAAAUAAGUAAUAAGUCGUAAGUGUUUGUAAUGUUUAAGAGUUUUAAAGAGAAACAAAUAAAAUCCAGUUUUUUUUA